AUGUCAAUUUUUAGCAGCAGAAGCACAGCGCAAUCAUCAAAGUUAAGACCGCAUGAAGCCAUAAUGCUUUCAACAGCACCCAUUUCAGAGCAAAUAUUAUCUGCCAAAUCAAGCUCUCUAAAGAAGUUAAAGAGACCACAAACAGCGAAGUUGAGACUUUUCAGUGCCCAGUCAACUUCCCAAAUUGACCUUAAUAAUAUAAGCCUUUCAAAGCUCCGGCCAAAUGUAAUCGAUAUAGAAAAAGAGCAGCUCUAUGAUAGCAAUUUAGCCCUUAAAGUCAAAUAUAAUUCAGUUUAUGAUGAAAACACAAGACUAAAAACAAAACUGGCCAGCGUAGAAAAGGAAUUAUCAAGCAGAGAUAUAUUAAUUAGGGGAAACCCAAGUCCAGAAGCGAAAAAAAUUUGCUUUAUUUCUAAUUUGAAAGAUUCAAUUUGCAAAUUGAAGGAAGAGUUGAAACUGAAAAACAAGGAACUUAGCGAGAUAAAACAUAGCAUUAAAUAUACAAAAAUUGCUGAGCUUGAGGCUGAAGUUCAGACAUAUUCGCAAGAGUGUAUAAGAUUAAGACAAGCAAUAAAUGAAAAAUAUCAAAUUGAGCUUCCAGCAGCCGAAAUUAGGCCAAUUGAUCCAAGCUGUGAAGGUUUAAAAAAAGAAAACGAAUGUAUGAUGGAAAUAAUUGAAAAAUUAAGAAAUUAUAAUAACACGCUGAAAGACAAAAUCAAGACAAUGAAAGGAAUUGACAAAAGAACUAAACUUCAAGAAUUCGAUGGAAUAAGAGAAGAAGUUAUUAGUCUAAAGCUUCAGCUAGAAAAUCUGCAAAGGGACUAUAACUCAAAAGAAAAUGAACACAAAAAUCAAAUGGAAGAUAAAGACAAAGGCAUAGAAGAGCUUUUAGAAAAAAUAAAAGCAGAAGAAAAAAAAUAUAAAGAAUUAGUUGAUAUAAAUGGCGAACUGAAGAAAAAAAUGCAAAAAAUCGUGCAGGAAGCCCAUAUCAUUGCAAAAGCUAACUUGAAAAACCCUCCAAAACUGUUUUUAGCUGUGAAUGAAAUUAUAGUGAAGUCAAAACUUCGAGUUCCGCAAUUUCUUGCAAAAAUUGAUAAGCAUUUAACCGGUUUCCUUAAUUUUGAAGAAUUUAUGGCUGCUCUUCGAACGUUUCAUUGCUAUAUAUCUUUAGAAAUGAUUGAAGGAGUUUCAGCUAUGAUUGUUACGAAGUCAAAUCAAAUCUCAUUGGAGUUAUUUGAGCAAUGGUUUGCUAAAUAUACAUACCCACAUGUUAAUAAGUCAAAAGAAGAAGAAUUCCUUAAAUAUGCCCAUCUUAGAAUGUCUAAGCUUCUGAGCAUUGAAAUUCUACCUUCAAAUAGUAAAUCUGAUUCUGAUUCCGAAGAAAGCGAAAAUAUCAUUAGAGAGUCACCUAAUCCUACGCCAAGCAUGAAGGGAAGUUCUGAACGGCGAGAAAUCAAAAAUACUUAUGAUAGAGAUAUGGAUUACAGGUAUAAUGAAGCCAAAAGACCUUCGAGUAGAGCUUUAGAUAGCGAGGCGAAGAGAUAUGGAGAAAAAAGAGAUAUAACAGAAGUUAUACAAGAUGAAGAGUUUAAUUCCUUACUCCCCCUCCAUGAGCGAAAACAAAAAUUUUGUUCAUUUAAAGGGGAAAGGGGUUAAUUUUUUUUUAAAAAUUUAUAUGUAAAUUUUUAUAGUACAUUUUUUUUUCAAAUUUAAAAAAUCCCAAUUCAGAAAGCAAAGAAUAAUUUAAUUUGUAAAAUUUAUAUUUUAAAAUGCAAGCUGUUUAAAAUUAAACAGAAUUAACUAGAGAAUUUUAUUAAAAAAAAUUACUUAUAUAUCAAAAUAUUUUUUUGUUUGCGCACAAAGAGGGAGUAUACUAAAUUCCUGGGGAUAGCGUAUUCCGCGCUAUCCCCAGGAAUUUUCUAUAUUUUUACCCCAAAAAUAACAUUUUUCUAAUGCUUUUGCUCUCUCACGAAGGAGUUAGAAAUUUUUAAUCCAGGCGAAACGAAUGAUAAAACGAGAACGAAAUUAGAUGAACAAUUAAAAAUUCCAUCAUAUAGCCAGCUGAAAGAUGAAGGAAGCUCGAGAUGGAGUGCAUCUUCUGAUGUCAGGAAAAUUAGAUAA